ACUUCAUUCUGUUGACUUUUAGUUGUCAGGUUGCUUGAACAAAAAUAUAAGUAUUUAUUAAACCUUUUCAUUAAAAAUAUCUAUUACAAUGUUGCAAUUUGAGCUUAUGACUGAAAAAGAUCGCAAAGAGGCUGCUUAUAUCGAAAGAAGGCGGAUCCAGGAAGAGGAAAGAAGAAAAAGGAUUUUUGACCCUAGAUCGAGACUUAUUGGGAUCGACACUCAUGUGCUCAAAUCUCAAAUUGAAGAGAAGAAACGGAGAGAAGAUGAAGUAAAGAGAGUAGAGGAGAUUUUCGAGGAGAAUCUAAGAAGAGCCGAUGAAGUAGCUAUAGCUCUGGCUCAGAAAGAACAAGAUGAACGCAGAAAACUCCAACAAGAAAUAAACAAGUAUCGUCAUCAAUUUCAAAAGCCCGAAGAUAGACGCGAAUUCGACUUAAACGAUCCAAAUGGGAAGAAGAAACAAAUCCCUGCUAGAAUGUACGAUGAAGAUCCGCGUUUGGGGCCGUCUUCAGCUCAAAAAUUCGAAGGAGAAGAUUUAAUAAACGAAGAAAGAUCAAGAGUGCAGAAAGAGCAGAUUAACGCUUGGCUCCAUCAGCAAAUGUUGGAAAAGGAACAAGCGGAAAAGGAAAGAAAGAUGGCCGAAGACGCUUACAAAGCUGCCGUAAUUGCGAGAGAUCAGCGAGCCAUCGAGUUGGACAACAUGGAGAGAACUUGCAGAAGAAGACUAGAGGAGGCGUGUACGAAAUACAAUCUCGCUCUAGCCGAAGAAAAAUGCAAACAGGAUAGCAAAAAAUACCAGCAAGCUCUCGAAGACAACGCCGCCGAAAUAUACAACUUUCUUACCAGCGACCUCCUAACAGAAAACCCCGACGUAUCGCAGAGCAACAUGGGCCCUGGUAAAAGGAUCGCCUACCUCUACAAAGGCAUGAGCGACGAAGAGAAAGCGAAUAUCAGGCGCGAACAACUUGCCCAAAUGGAGGAAGUAAAAAAAAAGAAGGACUUGGAAUUGAGGAUGCAAAGGGAGUAUGAAGAUUAUUUGAAUGGUACUCAGAAGUCGAUUUAUUUGAUGGAUUUGGAAAUUGAAAGGAAACAAAGGGACGAGUGUAAAAGAAUCGCUGAAGAAAAUAAACGAUUAGCAGAAGAACAAAAAAAUCGUAAAAAUUAUCUGUCUAAAAUUGUGUACGCUAAUAGAGCCACUGAUGAUUAUUUUGAUCAGUUUAAUAAAUCGUCUAGAUAACAGUGUACUGUCAAUAAAUAUUUAAUAAACGUAAAA